GUUGGGCGGUGUAGUAUUAUAUACUGAAUUGUAAGCAAUUUGAGUUUUUAGCGUAAUUUAAGGGCAGUAAAUACUCCAGAUCUGAGGUAUUUGGCUUUGAUUGAAGAUGGCUAUUCGUCCAGUAUACAGGCCAACUAUUAUUAAGAAAAGAACAAAACAUUUUAUUCGCCAUCAGAGUGACCGUUACAAAAAGCUAAAGCAGUCCUGGAGGAAACCCAAGGGUAUUGACAACAGAGUUCGUAGGCGCUUCAAGGGUCAGUACCUCAUGCCAUCAAUUGGUUACGGGAGCAACAAGAAGACAAAGCACAUGCUUCCAACUGGUUUCCGAAAGGUUCUGGUGCAUAAUGUGAAAGAACUGGAAGUACUGAUGAUGCAGAAUCGCAAAUUCUGUGCUGAGAUUGCGCAUGGAGUAUCAUCAAAGAAACGAAAGUCCAUUGUUGAACGAGCACAGCAACUUUCAGUUCGUGUUACAAAUGCUAAUGCUCGCCUGCGUAGCGAGGAAAAUGAAUAAAUGUUAAGGGGUCUCUGUAAAUGAUGCAAUAAAUACCAUAUAAAAAUAUUA